UUGCCCCGAGGCGAGGGGAAGCGCCGCGACCGACCGAAGCGGGAGGCAGGUCGUCCCUGGGAAAGCUUCUCCCUACACGGUGCCCCGCUCCGACCCAGCAGCUGCUCGUGCCUAUUUACCACCUCCCCCUCGUCCUUUUCCCACGAUCCCAAGCCCACAGCAACCCUGCGAGCUAGAAAAGUCCACUUCCACCUGUUUUGAUGCCUCCAUCAAGUUUAUUUCGCUUGACAGACUCUUUGAUCCAACGGGGCUGUUUCCCUUGGACAUCAAGGCUUGGGGACAAGCGAUUCUUACUGGGCCACUGCCUUGGGCCACGGGUCCUCAGAGCAGGCAAGAAGAGCGCCGGUGAUCUUCUUCCUCUGAACGAAGCCGACUUAGAAGAACAGUUCGUCCGUGGCUUUGGGCCUGGAGGCCAAGCAACAAACAAAACCAACAACUGUGUCGUUCUGAAGCACCUUCCUACAGGGAUUGUGGUCAAGUGCCAUCAGACAAGGUCCCUAGAAACAAACCGUUUGAAAGCCAGAGGGAUCCUCCAGGAGAAAGUGGACGUUUUCUACAAAGGCCAGUCCAGUGCUGUGGUGCGGGAGAAACAGGAGUUGGAGAAGAAAAAGGAAGAAAAGAGGCAGCAAGCAAGGAGAAACCUCGAAAGGAAAAGGCACUUGAAAGAAAUGCAUACCCUGGAGGACAAAUAGGAACACGGACGGCAUUGGCUACCAUUGUCUUAUAUACGUGCCCUACUCUAACUGAUGCAUAUUUCCAAUUUUUUAAAAAGAACAGUUUAGGACUCAGCAGAGGACGGCAGUCAGUUCUUGCAUUAUUACAAUGCGCGAUGGCACCAUUAUUAUUUUUUUCCCUUUCAUUGGGGGCAGGGGAGAUCAUCGCAGGGGGCAGAGGCCUGCGCAUCAAUUUCCAGAGCCUAGCUCACGGCAUUCUUUGAGAUUUCACAUAAUUUAUUUCUCCCCCCUCUCCCUGCAUACCCUUUCACCGAGCUUCGAAAGAACCAACUACUGCUUGCCUGCAGUCAUUUGGUGGCACGCACAGAGGCAGCAUUCCAGCUUGGUCCCCGUGAUAUUAAAUUGUUAUAUCCAGUUGGCCUAGUUUAUGCAUUCGAUCGGUCUCAAAGCAGCGGACAACGUAGCACAGGAGCCAGCGCGUGCAGAACAGAUGAGCACGGCGAACCACCCACCGCCACAGGUGGUGGAACGGCAAGACGGAAUUGUCUUCUGGAACGCAGCAUUGCCAGCAUGGCACUGCAUCGUUUAAUCAGAAUAAGGUGGAUCCCUUUUUGGGGGCCCACCCCUACACACUGGAAUGAUUCUGAAUGGACAUUUACUUUCGUUUUCUUAAUCUCCUCCAUCACCAAGCCCCUGUGUUUCUCCCCUUGUAAUAAUUUUAAUUACUUGUACAUCCACCAGGCUUUAGAGCACAGGACUCUCCGCUGUCCAACGACAGAAAUUACUGAAAAUAAGCUUUAUUACGUCAAGUAAUAAAUACAUACAAAGAUG